AUGCGUUCCUAUGAGAGCGCAAUUUUGGUAGAGAUGCAGACACUUGUGGACAACAUCAACAAGUUACAAGCUGCUAUUCAAAACGUCAAUGAAAACGAAUUGACACCUUGGAUAGAUGAAUUAAGAGCUGUUGAAAAAAAGAUGCAAUUUGUAUAUACGUUUUUUGGUGCUUCCAAAUAUCCAAGCCAUAAUGAUGAUGAUGGUGAUGGUGAUAAUGACGAUGAUAAUAAGCGAGAAACAAAAUGA